AUGAGUUUGAUUGAUACUAUGAAAUCUCAAUUGCAAGACUUUAGGGAAGAGGGAUGGCAAAUAAUUUUAGAUGAAGUCAACAAUUUUUGUGAGUUGAAUAUGAUUCCCGUGAUUGAUAUGGAAGACAGUAUAGCAAUCCGUGGCAAUGCCAGGCGCAGUCGCAGAGGUCAAACCAUCACUAAUUUUCAUCAUUAUCGCAUGGAAAUUUUUUGUGAGGUUGUUGAUUUAAUUAUACAAGAGAUGAAUAAUCGUUUCUCGGAAGUUAGCACGGAAUUGCUUAGUUACAUAGCAUGUCUUGAUCCAAAAAGUUCUUUCUCUCAAUUCAAUGUGCAGAAACUACUCCGUCUUGCUGAUUUAUAUCCUGAAGACUUCUCAAGUAACGAUUAUUUAUAUCUUGAGUCUCAACUUCGAAAUUAUAUUUAUAAUGUGCAACGCGAUCCUCAAUUUUCAGAAGUUGGAGAUUUGGGAAGUCUUGCUCAACAAAUGGUUAAAACUGGUAAAAAUACAGUUUUUCCAUUGGUUUAUUGUUUGAUCCAGUUGGCAUUAGUUCUACCAGUUGCGACUGCUUCUGUUGAAAGAGUAUUUUCUGCAAUGAAUAUUGUCAAGACUGAUUUGCGCAACAAAAUGGGAGACGAGUGGAUGAAUGACUGUCUGGUUGUAUACAUCGAGAAGGAUAUUUUUGCAACAAUUGAAAAUGAGCAAAUAUUGCAGCGUUUUCAACGGAUGAAGACUCGCAGAAUGCAAUUGCCUCCUCUUCGUUAUUCGAGUGCAACAACUACCAAUACUUCAAGUGUUAAUCAAUAA